CCCCGCCCUCGCGGCGACAUCACGCCUGACGCCACGCCGCGUAGACUGGUGUUUUUUGAUUUGUGAAGCCUGAACUUGAGUGCAUUCGUGCAGCAAUCAGUCACACAGAAGGGUGUAAUACAUCCCUGUGGAGAAUCUCAGAGGCCUGCAGAAGAUCAGAAUGAGAUCAUUUGUGUUUAUGCCCGUUAGCUGAAGGAGGAAGAUGAUGAAGAUGAUGAUGAUUGCUGGUGGUGCUUUUAGCAUGUAUGCUAAUGUUAGCUCUCCUCCUUCAGUAUUUGUGUGUGUGUGACCAGCUAACAUAGCAGCCCACAGCUUUCGACUUCACUUCCGUCUCUUUUAGAGCAGGACGAUAGUAUCUCUGAACUUGUGGCCGUCGAGGGAUUAUUCUGACACAUCUGAGAGCGAGAGACGGUGAAGAUGAGCGGCUGUGAGGAGCAGGAGGAGGCCUGUGAGGCUGGAUGUUACCAGCUCUAACCUUCAUGUGAACCUCUGCUGAGUGACUGACAGCUGUCUGCGGUGAACAUGUCUGUGCACGAGGACUUGGAUCACCCGCGCUUCUUUGUGGGAGCUGAUGACGGCGAGGGAGACGAGCUGCUGGAUCCGGGCAGAGUGCUCGGCUAUGACUGUCUGUACGAAAACGUGGAAGAGGAGGAUGAAGACAGAGAUGAUGCAGAAUAUGAUUCGCCUCCUGAGAGACAGAUCGUGGUGGGUAUCUGUGCCAUGUCUAAGAAGUCAAAGUCCAAACCUAUGAAGGAGAUCCUGGAGAGACUUUGUCUGUUCAAAUACAUCACUGUGGUUACGUUUGAAGAGGAAGUCAUUCUGAAUGAGCCGGUGGAAAACUGGCCACUCUGUGAUUGUCUCAUCUCUUUCCAUUCCAAAGGAUUCCCACUGGAUAAAGCCGUGGCUUACAAGAAGCUGAGGAAUCCAUUUGUCAUCAACGAUCUGGAUCUUCAGUAUUUUAUUCAGGACAGGAGAGAGGUGUAUCGGAUACUGAAGGCCGAGGGAAUACAGCUCCCCCGCUUUGCGGUUCUGAACAGAGAUCCUUCCAGACCAGAAGAAUGUAAUCUGGUGGAGGGAGAGGACCACGUGGAGGUGAAUGGGGAGAUUUUCCAGAAGCCUUUCGUAGAGAAGCCAGUGAGUGCUGAGGACCACAAUGUCUACAUCUACUACCCCACAUCUGCAGGAGGGGGCAGUCAGAGGCUCUUCCGCAAGAUUGGCAGCAGAAGUAGCGUCUAUUCUCCCGAGAGUAACGUCAGGAAGACCGGAUCCUACAUCUAUGAGGAGUUCAUGCCUACAGAUGGAACUGAUGUGAAGGUGUAUACUGUAGGUCCCGACUACGCCCAUGCAGAGGCCCGUAAAUCUCCUGCUCUGGAUGGGAAGGUAGAACGAGACAGUGAGGGGAAAGAGGUCCGUUAUCCAGUCAUCCUCAAUGCCAGAGAGAAACUCAUCGCUUGGAAAGUCUGUUUGGCUUUCAAGCAAACCGUGUGUGGGUUCGAUCUGCUCCGUGCCAAUGGCCAGUCAUACGUCUGUGACGUCAAUGGCUUCAGCUUCGUCAAGAACUCCAUGAAAUACUAUGAUGACUGUGCAAAAAUCCUGGGGAAUAUCAUCAUGAGAGAACUGGCUCCACAGUUUCAGAUCCCGUGGUCGAUCCCUUUAGAAGCUGAGGACAUUCCCAUAGUUCCCACAACCUCUGGGACUAUGAUGGAGUUGAGGUGUGUGAUUGCUGUGAUUCGACAUGGUGACAGAACUCCCAAACAGAAGAUGAAGAUGGAAGUUCGGCAUCAGCGGUUUUUUGACCUCUUUGAAAAAUGUGAAGGUUACAAAAGUGGAAAACUGAAAUUGAAAAAACCAAAGCAACUCCAAGAAGUGUUGGACAUUGCCAGGCAGCUGUUGUUAGAACUCGGCCAAAAUAACGAUUCAGAAAUUGAAGAGAGCAAAGCAAAGCUUGAACAGCUAAAAACAGUCCUUGAAAUGUACGGUCAUUUCUCUGGCAUUAAUCGCAAGGUUCAGUUAACAUAUCUUCCACAUGGCUGCCCUAAAACGUCCAGUGAAGAGGAAGACGUGCGGAGGGACGACCCGUCUCUCUUGCUGGUUUUGAAGUGGGGUGGAGAGCUGACUCCAGCCGGCAGGGUACAGGCUGAAGAACUUGGCCGGGCCUUCAGGUGUAUGUACCCUGGAGGACAAGGCGAUUAUGCUGGCUUUCCCGGCUGUGGCCUUCUCCGUCUGCACAGCACAUACAGGCAUGACCUGAAGAUAUACGCCUCUGAUGAAGGACGCGUUCAGAUGACUGCUGCAGCGUUUGCUAAAGGCCUGCUGGCGUUAGAGGGUGAGCUGACGCCCAUCCUGGUGCAGAUGGUGAAGAGUGCGAAUAUGAAUGGGCUGCUGGACAGUGACAGUGACUCCUUAAGCAGCUGCCAGCAGAAAGUCAAAGCGCGACUGCAUGAGAUUCUGCAGAAGGACAGAGACUUCACGCCUGAAGAAUACGAGAAGCUGGCGCCCACCUCCAGCACAUCUCUGGUGAAGUCCAUGCAGAUGAUUAAAAACCCCGUGACGACGUGUGAUAAGGUGUACUCCCUCAUCCAGAACCUGACGCUGCAGAUCCGCCAGAGAAUGGAAGACCCCAAAUCAGCAGAUAUCCAGUUGUACCACAGUGAGACUCUUGAGCUGAUGCUGCGUCGGUGGUCUAAACUCGAGAAGGAUUUCAAGAUGAAGAACGGCCGAUACAACAUCAGCAAGAUACCUGAUAUCUAUGACUGCAUCAAAUAUGACGUGCAGCACAACAGCUUGUUAAAGCUGGACAACACCAUGGAAAUUUACCGGCUUUCCAAAGCACUGGCUGACAUCGUCAUCCCACAGGAAUAUGGUAUUUCCCAAGCUGAGAAACUGGACAUAGCCAAAGGUUACUGUACACCUCUAAUUCGCAAGAUCCGCUCUGAUCUACAGAGGACACAAGACGAUGACACGGUGAACAAACUGCACCCAGUAUAUUCCAGAGGAGUCAUGUCUCCAGAACGGCACGUGCGGACCAGACUUUACUUCACCAGUGAGAGUCACGUUCACUCUCUGCUGUCUAUCUUGCGUUAUGGAGCCCUCUGUGAUGAAUCUGUUUGGCUGUAUCCUCAGGAGGCCAGAGAUGAGCAGUGGAAGAGAGCCAUGGACUACCUCAAAAUAGUCAGCGAGCUCAACUACAUGACACAGAUAGUCAUCAUGCUCUAUGAAGACCCAAACAAGGAUCCUUCAUCAGAGGAUCGUUUCCAUGUGGAGCUGCAUUUCAGUCCAGGAGCUAAAGGCUGUGAAGAAGAUAAAAACCUGCCGUCUGGAUUUGGAUAUAGACCAGCAUCCAGAGAGAAUGAGGGCUCCAAGAAGAAAUCCCAUAAUGACAGUGAUGAGGAGGCCGGUGGUGCUAAACGUGACGAGCCGGAUCGAGCUCUUAUGAUGUUCCGCCCCAUGGUGUCAGAUCCCAUCUACAUCCACAGGAAGUCCCCUCUUCCUCGCUCCAAAAAGAUCGGCUCUGUGGAAUCCCCAUUGCAGAAAGACUUUAUCAAGACGCCUGCUGGCAAAGAAGAGAGCCCCCUGAGUGUGUCUAGCCCUGACUCUAUAGGUACCUGGAUUCAUUACACCUGUGGUGUUGGUACUGGGCGUCGAAGACGCAGAUCAGGGGACCAAAUAACUUCCUCCCCAGUCUCCCCCAAAUCACUGGCUUUCACAUCCAGUAUUUUUGGCUCAUGGCAACAGGUUCUGUCCGAGAACAACAGCCACAGCAGACCCAGCAGACUGCACCCGGAUCACAAGCUCACCGCUGGCAUAGGGUCUCAUUGCGCUGGCUUGUUUAGCACCAUGGUGCUGGGCGGCUCCUCCAGUGCACCUAACCUACAAGAUUACGCUCACGCACACCGUAAAAAGCUGACCUCCUCUGGCUUCUUAGAUGAGGCUACACGUGGUUCUGCUGUAAAAAGAUUUUCUAUCUCAUUUGCGCGACACCCAACCAAUGAGUUCCUCCAUCAACCGCAGAACAGGGAAUAUGACAGUUAUUACUUUUAGAGGACUAAAAAUACCCUUUCAACACACCAGGAACCAACAGUUUAUGUCUCCUCUGCACGGUGGUCUCUUUACAUGGAUUUCAAAGAUUGCUGUCAGUUUUGUUCCAUCAUCUGCUAAAAAGGGAAUUUGGCAUAUUUUUGUUGCUACCUAAUAUUUGCUUGUUUAUUUGUAUCUGAAUGAGCUAGUUCUUAGUUACUGAUGAAAUAUGUUGAAUUAUCAGGUGAUCAGAAUUUGCUGCUCUUGGGCCUAUUUAAAGGAUAUGUAUUUAAGAUAACACUUUUUACUUUAACCUGUUUAUAUUUAUCUGCAUAUUUUAGCUGUUAACGCUUUACGUGUUUUCUGAAACUUUAUGAUCUAACAGAGUCACAUGCAUUAAAGAGGAAAUCAAUGAAUAGCCGUUAUUUUAAAACAAUUGUAUCCCUGAAUAUUUAUAACCUGGGUUGUAGUGUUUAAUAGGUGGGGAAGAUCUAAGAUGAUGUUUUUGGAAGUUUAGAAAAUUGCCCAUUUUUAGCAUAUCGUUUUUAUUGUUUGUUUCUUUUGUUUUUUUCUUUUAAUCUGCUUUUCUAAAUGGGUCAGUGUUUUCCAGUAUGUUCAGUGGUAAGUGUUAAUCAUGCUUAAUAUACUCGUUCUAUCCUGUCUAAUUAGUGUUUGUUAUUUUAUUUUGGCUCUGUUUCCCAAACUUGUGUAGUAAGUAUUUAGAUCUAGUCUUUAUACCCCGUUUCGACCCUUACCAACCUCCAAGUCCACUAUGAUCUCUCCUAAAAAAGAAAAAAAUUAUAUUUCAUUUUCAACUUUAUGUAUCCACAAGAAAACUAUCCUCUGAGCAUUGUAUGUUUUUGAUUCAUUCCUUGCAUUCACAGAAGGAAAAGUAACAAGUAAAUGCUCAUUUAUAUUUUUUUAUGUAUUUUAAUUUUUUGAAAUAAUUGCUGAGACAAUCUUCACAUUUAAGACCGGUAGCACUUAUUCACUAUUAACUAUGACUUUUCCCUCAAUAAAUUCCUGAUUAGCUGCUUAUUAAUAGUCAGUAAGGUAGUUGUUAAGUUUAGGUAUUGGGCAGGAUUAGGGAUGUAGAAUAAGGUCAUGUAGAAUAAGGCAUUAAUAUGUGCUUAAUUACUACUAAUAAAUGGCUAAUAUUGUAGUAAUAUGCAUGCUAAUAAGCAACUAGUUAAGAGACCCUAAAAUAGUGUUACCUUCAGACCUAUUAAUUUGAACAUUGCCUAAUAUCUGUUGGCUCAUAUUGUUGUGAUUUAGAUCUUAAGAUGCCUCUUCUUUUAUUGUUAAUAGGUGUUGUUUUUUAACAACCUUAGCAAAUCAAUCUGGGUGUUAAGUAGUACAGCAUUUAAAUAUUAUUAUUAUUAUUAUUAUUAUGAUUAAAUUCUAUCUUUUAUUUCAGUCCACAGUAAAAUGCUAGUAAAUCCACACUUAUCAUAAAAAUAAUAAUACUUUUUAUUUAUUAUUGCAUAAUAUAUAAAUGAACUGCUGCUUGGCAACCGUUAACAGAGUUAGGCUAAUGAACUUGUCAGAAGAAUUGGUUAUUUUGAUAAAUGUAACCAUUUAUGACUGUUGGUGUCUCUUAUAUUAUAUAACUUGCUGGUGUGUAUUAAUACAAUAAACCAUGAGAGACUGUUACAGUGGACUAAUCACUGUAAUGCGUGGCCUCUCAUUGCUUAUUGCUUUUAUUAGAAUGAUUCCUGAAGAUUAUAUUUAGACAUCUUGUGCCAAAUUGCAUGAUGUGAAUAAAUCAAAUCAUAAUCAUGUUGUUUCACUAGUUUCAUCUGAGAGAAAAAAAAAAAAAAUGUAUACAAGGUAGGUCGAUUAUCAUUUCCGCUUCAUAAAUUCAUCUUGGCAAGUGAUGUUUUUGGUAGAUUGAAGGUAUUGUGAGCUGUUCUUUGUGUGACCCAUCUGCCUCCAUCCUAACCACCUCAAACUCACGUUUGAUGGUGUUGUUGCUUGUCACUUUCAGAGGAAAUGGAACGCCGUGUGUCCAAGAUCUUAAGUUAUAGUUCAUGCUAAAUGAUUAUUCUAGCUGAAGAUGUUUUAUAGUCUUUUUUCAAGUUCUGAUAUUCUGCUAUAUUUCAUUGAAGGUUUUGAGUUGUACUCCAUGGUUCCUUCAAUCUGUCCCUUGGAGACCCUCCAUAAUUCCCUGUCUCUCAAACAAGUGGAUGACUUCCUGGCCUCCAUAGCCACAUCUCAUGAUCCAGUACUGGAAAUAUCUGCAUCUU